AUGUCUCUUACUAAGUUGUUUGAGGUGGUGCAUCCCCAAAGGGCCCUCAUAGAAAGCCCGAUGCUCUCUGAGAAGGAGACCUUGAAAGAAGGUGAGACAGUAGUCUUCACCAAAGAGGCCGAACCUCAGGAGUUUGCUAUUGAGGGACUGAAGGCAAUCACGGAUCAGAAGGAUCCUGAGACUGCCAUUAAGCACUCCCUUGCAGAGGUGAGAGAGCCUCAAGAGCUACCUUUCCAUGGCGUGCAGAAAGAACUGGCAGAUGAGCAGUUAGCUCAUUUCCCAGCAACCCUUAAGGAGCUACAAGUCAAGAUUUCUUUUACAGAGGUAUUAGGAAAAAGGAUCCCGUAUAUGGCCUAUCUAAAAGACACUCUUUUUGAAAAGAAGGACUUAAGAGAAGAUGAAAUAGAGAUACUAACUGAGAAGUAUAGUGUCCUAAUUCAGCAUGAGCUGCCAAUAAAAAUGCCAGAUCCAGGGAGCUUUCAGAUCCUAUGGACCACUGAAAAGAUCAUUUUUGACAAAGCCCUGUAUGAUCUUGGCUUAAUUUUAAAUCGGAUACCUUCCAUUGAGGCAGAGGCCAAAUCUAGAGAGGCUGGGAAGUGCAUGAGUUCUGAUGAACACUCCUCGGAUGAGGAUGAAGACACUCGGGAAGAGUAA